AUGGUAGGGUCCAGCAAAAAGAUAACAAUCUUUGAGAAGCUUAAGCUUGAGGUAGUAGUACUUCCAGAAACACUCCAGGAAUGCAUAGCAGCAUUGAUUGUGAGACUAGACCUCCGGGAAAGAGUCAUCUCUGCCCAGCAACAGAGUGAGGCCCUAGAAAAGAAACGUUUAGCUAGCAGAACGGGAGGACCCCAAGAAUUUAGGGAAGAAGCGGACAACGCCCUGACCUUCAAAGGAAGAUUGUGCGUACCCGACGACCCAAUGCUCAAGGAGGAGAUCCUCACAGAAGCGCACUCCACACCAUAUGCCGCUCACCCCGGCAGCACCAGAAUGUAUCAAGAUUUGAGGCAAAGUUUUUGUUGGGAAGGUAUGAAGAACGAUGUAGCUUCCCACGUCCAAAGUGUCUGGUGUGCCAACAAGUGA